AUGUCUUCAAAUGAAACCGGCGAGCUACCCACCCACUCGGGGCGUAUCAUCAAGCUCUCGCGCAACGUUUCAGUCGAGGCAGGUGUCGGCCCCAUCGCUCUGUAUUCCAGCCGUAGCCGCACGUCCUCCUCUAGCUCGACGACGCGCCCAAUUGUCCAAGACAAUGAUGGCGGGGAAAUUGAGCCGCGCGCGACUGUUGUCCCCGAUUCCCCACAUUCAGCUACCUCGCAGCUCCAGAUAGAGCCCUCCUGCACGGUGAUGAGCACACCCACCAUUGCUCUGAGCGAGAAGAGCCGCCACCGAAUGGAGGACGCCCGACGGACCAUUGAUGAAAAGAUUGUCGAAACAUUGUCCAAGACCCGCAAGAUUCUCCUCGGUUUUGUCAUGCUGAUGAACACCUUCAUUGCUUCAAUGAUGUCCAAUGGCGUCGUCGUCACUAUCCCCGUCUUGGCGCGCGAUCUCUCCGUCUCGCAGCUCCAAGCACAGUGGGUUGCAUCAGCCUACAGCUUGGCCUAUGGUUGUGGUCUCCUGUUCGCAGGCCGAAUGGCCGACAUCUAUGGCCGUAAAAUCCUCUUCCUCUCGGGUCUCGCUGUGUCCAUCGUCUUUUCAUUCAUCAGCGGUGCUGUGCGAAACCAACUCGCACUGUGCAUCGUGCGUGCAUUCACAGGCCUCGGACUGGCUGUGGCCACGCCAGCGGGCUUCGGCAUCAUCGGCGUCACGUUCCGACAAGAACCGGCCCGCACCAUCGCCUUUGCAGUGUUCGGACUAGGUAACCCGAUCGGCUCGAGCGUCGGCGUCCUCGCCGGCGGCGCGGUUGCGGGGAUCAACGCCCACGGGUGGCAGUACUUCCACUUCAUCCUGGGAGGUCUUACACUCAUCCCGCUCGUGCUCGGCUUGUUCGUCAUCCCGAGCGACUUGGCCAACCAGAAGACUGACAGGCGUAUCGACUGGCUCGGCGGGUUAUUAAUCACCGCGGCACUGUGCCUCUUCACCUUUAGCAUCACGGAGAGUGGCAUUGCACCAAAGGGUUGGAACACACCCUACGUACCUGCACUCCUCGCAACAUCCAUCGUCCUCUUCAUCCUCUUUGGCUUCUGGGAGCAUCAUGUCGAGCACCGCCUGUCAUUCCCGCCGAUCGCCAAGCUCUCCCUCUUCACGCGAAACGGCGGCAAGAUCACCAUUGUCAUGCUCUGUGCUUUUUGCCCCUUUGUCGCUGUUGCAGGAUGGGUGUAUCUCACCAGCGUCUUCUACCAGGAAUACAAGGGCUACACGGCGCUGAAAACGGCAGUCCACACGGUUCCAGCUGCCAUCUGCGGCAUCUUUGCUUCGCUCGCGGUCAUGUGGAUCGUCCCCCGUCUUCGAACACCAUACGUAAUUGCCAUGGGCGGUUUCUUCUCCGGGAUGGCCUGCAUCAUUUACGCCGUCGAGCCAGCAGGAACACUCUAUUGGAAGGCCGAGUUUGUUGCCCUGUUGUUGCUGCCAUUCGGCUUCGACUUGACUGUCGGCAUUGGGUCCAUCCUCAUGUCCAACCUUUGCAAUGACAACGAGCAAUCUGUUGGCGGCGCCCUCUUCCAAACCGCCAGCCAGAUUGCCGCGACAAUCGGCAUCUGUGUCUCGUCGCUCGUCACCAACGACGUCGCCGCGAGGACAGGGCACUACUACACUGGCCUCAGGAUCUCCUUCUUCUUGUGCUCAGCAUUUGCAUUCGCAAUCGUGGUCAUUGCCGUCAUCUUUAUGCGCAAGUGGCCUUUGGCCAAGCAUGUGGGAUUUGCGCGUGACGGCGGUGCGCACUAG